UAGGGGCAGCUGCUGCCCUGUGCCCACCUGGCUGUGGGAGGGUUGUGGGGCUGAGAGUUGCCUAAGUCUAGGUCUGAUGUGGGGGUGUCAGCAGCGUGUGCUGCCCCAGAAUGAGAUCAGCAAUGUCCCCACCAUGAGGGACAGGGAGGGGACAGUGGCACCGCCUGCCCAGACCGUGCCUGCAUCAUGCCAUGUCACACCACCACGCCGUGUCACAUGGCUCUGUUGUAACACCCUGUGCAGUGCCAUGGUGGGGGCUAUGCUGUGCUGUGCCAAGUGGCCAUGCUGUGUCAAGUGGCCGUGCCAUGCCGUGCCGUGCUGGGGGCCACACUGAGCUCCAAUGGGACCAGGGCGCAGCGGGGUCUCAUCCUGGGACACCGGUUGGUCUCACCACUGCACCUUCUCACCCCACCACGGCGAUCCAGCCGUUCCGGCCCCACCACCAUCUCACACCGUAAUUACUGCAGGCAGGGCGGAAGCACCCCUGCUAAUUGCUGGUGACUCGUUAGCGCUGGAGCGCCGUGUGCUUGGGGCGCGGCAGGACUAUCCGGCAGGGCUGGUCUGCGGGCAUCCCGCUGCGCUGUGCGGGUCUGCGGGGCCGUGGCAGGGCCCUCGUGUCAUGGCAUGUCACAGCCCUGCGAUAAAAGGGGCGGCUGCGGGGCGGCGUUGGGGCACGGCAGCAGAGACGGUGAGAGCGGAGGCAGCGGGACGGGGCAGGGAGAGGAGCUGGGGAGAGGAGGCGCCGGGGCCGUCAGCCACGCAGCACCAUGAACAAGAUCACGGUGUACGAGCGUGCCGACUUCGAGGGGCUGAGCCGUGAGUUCACCUGCGACGUGCCUGACCUGCACGAGUUGGAUUUCGGCGACUGCAUCGCCUCGCUGAAGGUGGUGGGGCAGCCCUGGAUCGCCUACACCCAGCCCAAGUACGAGGGCGAGCCGCACGUCUUCGAGGAGGGCGAGUACGCGGCCGUGGGGCGGCCCAACAGCUUCUCGGCGCUACGCCUGGUGCACCACGACCUGCUGGACCCGCAGAUCACCCUCUACGAGAGGCCUCACCUGCAGGGAGCCUGCAAGGUGGUCAGCGAGGAAACCAACUUGGCCUACGGGUACUUCAACGACCGCGUGGCCUCGCACGUGGUGCAGCGCGGGGUCUGGCUGCUCUACCAGCACCCCAACCGCGGUGGCUGGCACUGCUUGGCAUGGCCCGGGGAGCGCGUGGACGACUACGGGGCGCAGCUGCACUUCCAGGCCCGGCUGUCCCACCUGCGCCCGCUGCGGCCCGGCCGCCCCACGGUCACCGCGCAGCUCCUGUGGGACCAGAAGCGCGUGGAGGCGGAGCGGGAGGUGCUGGUGGAUGAGAUCGUGGGGGUGAACGAGACCGAAUCGGAGCAGGCACUGGCAGCCGGCAGCACGCGGGAGUACAGCACGACGUUGUGGCAGAGCUUCCAUUUCAGCAACUCCACCAGCCUGCGGGCAGGGCUCUCCUUCACGCUGGCCGUGGAGGCCAGCAACGUGUUCACGGUGCAGAAGGGCCGCAGCGAGUCGUGCACGCGGAGGGAGCGCAGCGAGGUGGCCCUGCCCGCCAAGGUCCCGCCGCGCACGCAGCUCACCAUCCACGUGCUGCGCAAGGAGGUGACGCUGUCAGUGCCCGUGCUGCUCACCAUCACGCAGAACGAGGCGGUGCGCACCGAGAUGGGGGAGUACCGCAGCGUGUCGGGCACCAAUGUCUGCGCACGGUUCAGCAUGAGGCCACUGCCCGCCGCGGGCACGGGGAAGGAGGAGCAGACAGGGGCUGCGGCGGGCACGGAGAAGGCGCACAGCGUGGGGACAGAGCCAGGGGACAAUGUGGGUGCGGAGCAGGUGCCCACCAGGUGCUGAGAGUGGGGCUGUGCCAAUAAAGCCCUUCCUGAAUUGCUCUGCUGGCGGUGGUGUCGGGGACAGGAGUGGGUACCCCGGGGUGCCACAGUCUGAGCACGGCGCCAUGGGGCAGCUGCAGUGGAUGAGUGCGGGCAGAGAAGUCAGCUGAGGGGUGCUGGGGCACAGGGCGGGAUGUGGGGAGGGACACGGGUGGCUGUGGGGACCGAAAGGGAAGUACAGGGGGAAGGGCUGGCCGUGGUAACGCAAUGAGGGGGACAUGGGUGGCUGUGAGGGACACAGUGGGGGGACACGAGACACGGGUGGC